AAACCGCAAAGGUAAAGAUUUCAUAUAACACACAGAAUCACGUAAGAGCUUUUUCUUGAAGAUCACAAAGAAUCUUCACCAAUAUAUUCAUUCAUUUCUGUAAAUUCAAUCCUAUACCUUUUUUUCCUAUAUAUACCACACUUUGGCACUCCGCCUCUCACCACAAAAACCCUUUGAUAAUCUUUCUCUACUUCCUUAUAACCAUUUUCUUCUUAGUCGUUCAUCAAUGGCUCCAAGUUUGAGCAAAACUGGCUCCGAUGCUAAAACCCUCGUCGAUGGCCAUAACCAUUCUCCAAUCACGUUGGAGGGUUCAAAUUUCUUGGCCAAUGGCCACGUCAUUCUCUCCGACGUCCCUGAUAACAUCAUAGCCACCCCAUCUCCCUACACAUCCAUCGACAAGUCCACCGCCACCGUCGGUUGCUUUGUGGGCUUCAACGCCACCAAGUCAAGUAGCCGACACGUGGUGCCCAUCGGCAAGCUGAGAGACAUUAAGUUCAUGAGCAUAUUCCGGUUCAAGGUCUGGUGGACCACCCACUGGGUUGGCUCCAACGGCCGAGAUCUCGAGCACGAGACCCAGAUGGUGAUUCUCGAAAACUCGCAAUCUGGUCGUCCCUAUGUUCUCCUCCUUCCUCUUCUGGAAGGCCCUUUCCGAGCCUCGAUUCAGCCCGGCUACGAAGACAACGUUGAUCUCUGCGUCGAGAGCGGAUCGUCGGAGGUCGCCGGAGCUUCUUUCCGAAGUGUCAUGUACGUGCACGCCGGUGAAGAUCCGUUCAUGUUGGUGAAGGAGGCCAUGAAGGUUGUCAGGGUUCAUUUGGGCACGUUCAAGCUUUUGGACGAGAAAACCCCUCCCGGCAUCGUCGACAAGUUCGGUUGGUGCACCUGGGAUGCAUUCUAUCUUUCGGUGCAUCCUCAUGGCGUGUUAGAAGGCGUGAGAGGGCUCGUCGAAGGUGGGUGCCCACCAGGUCUUGUUUUGCUCGACGACGGGUGGCAGUCCAUUGGCCAUGAUGCGGACCCAAUCACCCAAGAAGGCAUCAACCAAACCAUCGCCGGCGAGCAAAUGCCAUGCAGGCUCUUGAAGUUCCAAGAGAACUACAAGUUUAGGGACUAUGUUAGUCCGAAAAGUGCCUCUAACAAGGGCAUGGGUGCCUUUAUUAAGGACCUAAAGGAGGAGUUCAAGAGCGUGGACUACGUGUAUGUGUGGCACGCGCUGUGUGGGUACUGGGGUGGUCUCCGGCCCAAGGUGCCCGGAUUGCCUGAAUCAGUGGUUGUGAGGCCGGAGCUCUCACCGGGGUUGAAGAUGACCAUGGAGGAUCUGGCGGUGGAUAAGAUCGUCGAAACUGGGAUCGGGUUGGUCCCACCGGAGUUCGUUGAUCAGAUGUACGAGGGGCUUCACUCACACUUGGAGGCGGUUGGGAUUGAUGGGGUCAAGGUGGACGUUAUCCAUUUGCUGGAGAUGUUGUGCGAGAAAUAUGGUGGCAGAGUUGAGCUAGCAAAAGCAUAUUUCAAGGCCCUCACUGCUUCGGUGAGGAAGCACUUCAAUGGCAACGGCGUCAUCGCUAGCAUGGAGCACUGCAACGAUUUCAUGUUCCUUGGAACGGAAGCCAUCUGUCUUGGCCGUGUCGGGGAUGAUUUCUGGUGCACCGAUCCAUCUGGUGAUCCCAAUGGCACAUUUUGGCUACAGGGAUGUCACAUGGUGCACUGUGCUUACAAUAGCUUGUGGAUGGGCAACUUCAUACACCCAGAUUGGGACAUGUUCCAGUCUACUCACCCAUGCGCUGCUUUCCAUGCCGCAUCUCGGGCAAUUUCUGGUGGCCCUAUUUAUGUAAGUGACACAGUUGGGAAGCACAACUUUGAGCUGCUCAAGACCCUUGUGUUGCCUGAUGGCUCCAUUUUGCGCUGCCAAUACUAUGCCCUUCCAACCAGAGACUGCCUCUUUGAGGACCCUCUGCACGAUGGAAAAACUAUGCUCAAAAUCUGGAACCUCAACAAGUAUACUGGAGUUCUUGGGGCAUUCAACUGCCAAGGAGGUGGAUGGUGUCGUGAAAGCAGGCGCAACCAAUGUUUCUCCCAAUGUUCCCAUGUUGUGACCUCUCAAACCAACCCAAGAGACAUUGAAUGGAAGAGUGGCAAGAAUCCAAUCUCCAUCGAGGGUGUACAAGUUUUUGCCUUGUAUUAUCACCAGGCCAAGAAGCUAGUCCUCUCCAAGCCAACCCAGAACGUGGAGAUAUCUUUGGAGCCAUUCAAUUUCGAGCUCAUUACUGUUUCCCCAGUGACUGUCUUGGCUGGAACAGCUGCUCAGUUUGCUCCCAUAGGCUUGGUGAAUAUGCUCAACACUGGCGGCGCCAUUGAGUCCUUGGCCUUCAAUGAGGAGGGGAAGUCUGUUCAGAUUGGAGUGAAGGGCACCGGAGAAAUGAGGGUGUUCGCAUCCCAGAAGCCAAUUGCCUGCAAGAUUGAUGACAAGGUCGUGCCAUUUGAGUACGAGGGCUGCAUGGUUGUUAUUCAAGUGCCAUGGCCUAAUUCUUCCAACUCAUCUAUAGUUGACUACUUCUUCUGAAGUUAAUCAGGGGCUGUUUAUUAGUUUGGCUCCUUUAGGAUGUUGAUGAUUCUAAGUAUUUAAGGACUUUGAUGACUUAAUUUUUUUUCCCAAGAUGGGGGAAACUUACUAAGUGAAAUCAAGCGAUAUAAAGUUAUGUUUUCUUACCAA